AUGGCCGGCCGGCGGCGCAGCAGUGAAAUGCCUCUGGUCGGCGGUGGCCAGGCGGACCAGCUGCAGGCCGCCGAUGUCACCUUCGGCAGCAAUCCCUCAAUCUCGAUCACCGUGCAGGAUGAGCCAACUGGUCCCUCAGCUCAUGGUGAUACCCCAGGGAGCCAUCAUCCUCCCCCCCCCCACCACCACCACCAUCUGCAGCAGCAGCAGCAGCAGCAGCAGCAGCAGCAGCAGCAACAGCAGCAGCCUGUCCGACGUCUGUCCGGGCACCUCCCAAACAUGGGGGAAGCAAGCUCGAGCGCCUUUUCGGGCCUGGGAGGCGGUGCUCCCUCCGGAAAGAAUGUCCGCCUGCACCAUUCGCAUCAUUCCCUGUCAGGCAUGGUGGGAUCAUCGGUGAUGCCAUCCCCCGGGCCGGGUGGACGUGUGGUGCCCCUGGUCACUCGGUCAGAAAGCAACCCCCUGUUGCUGGCUUCCAGUAGCCCUUCCCUGCUGCUCAAUGACCCGGCGGCCAAUUUGCUGGCGAUCACAUCGCCCGCCGGGACGAGUGCCCUUCCCGAGGGGACCUUCCUCUCGCCGCUGGUGGUUGCCCCGCACCACUCCCGGGCCAAGGGACAGGGAAUGGGCUCGGCUUCGCCGCCGUCGCGGCCCCUGAAAAUCCCCCACACUGGCCCGGGAGGCAGCGGGCCUCCCUCGCCCCUUCCAAGGCUGUCGCCUCCGUCGCCCUCGACGCUGACAUACGUCUUUGGCCAUGAGGACCUGCCCAGCCCCUUGGAGGAGGAUGAAGAUGCGGAGUUGGCCGGGGCGACGCUGGCCGGCGGGACUUCCCCUCGGCCCAAUGCCGAACUGUCGCCCCUGGUCUUCCUGGGAUUGCCGUCCGGUCGGGGUGUCGGUGGCUCCGGCUCCGAGUCCGAAGCCUCGAGCCCGGUCCGCUCGGAUGACGAGAGCUUCGGCGCGUGGAACAGCGGCAGUGGCAGCGGCAGCGGUAGUGUGGAAUUCCCGGGGCCCGGGCCCGGGCCCGGGCCGGGCACCAGUCCCGGGCGCCGACGUGCCACCAUUGGUUCCAGUGCCCCGCCCUCGCCGACCGCCAUCAUGCCGAGCCCCGGCUCGGCGGCCCCCUCGCCCGGGGGCACGGUUUCCAGCGCCAGCGGGGGUCGCUUCAAGCCGCCCCCCCUGCAACGAGGGAUCUCAGUGACGACGGCCACUCUGCGGGUGGCAGUGCCGCGCUACUCGCAAGAGCUGAGGGCCAUCCUGCCGGCACUUGGGAUCAUCGACUUCAGUCGCCUUGUGGACCCGCUCACGUGCUGUGUGUGCCAUGUGUCGCCAGUCGGCGAGAACCCCAUGUUCCUGGAUUGUCUUCAUACGUGCUGUGGCUUUCAUGUCUUGGAUCGGCCCUUCGGCACUGUGGUUGACUGUGAGGUCUGCAAGAAGAACUCCAUCGUCCAGAAAAAUCGUCCCUUCGAGCGAGACCUUCACACAGAGUAUGUGGUUCACAUGAGCCGAGCCACGGCCAGCAGUAACAUGAACCGAAAUGUUUGUGCCAACUGCAACGGCCCCUCAGUGGACUGGUACUGCAAGACGUGUGCCUCAUUCAUUUGUGACCCUUGCUAUCAGGAUGUCCACCAGGCGCGUAUGUACCGCAAGCACGAGGUUGUUCGCGCGCACUUCUCGACGACUGUGGUGGCGACCUCGGGGGGCGGUGGCGCGGGCGCUUCCGCCCCCGGCGCCGGCGCUUCCAGCGGGACAACCGAAGCCCUGGCUCUGGCCAGCCCUCGGGGUCCGGCGCUAUCCGGCUUCCCGAUGGAGACGUCCUUCGGCCCGCGGCCCAGCGCGGCCUCAACGAGCUUCUGGAUUUGCAAGCAGCACCAAAAGCCCUUCCGCAUGUACGACCCAUUUGAGGGACGGAUGCUGUGCAUUGCAUGUACCAUGGCCGUUGAGGAGCCCUCAACAGCCUUCCUGCACACUCCCCAGACCGGUCGGCGCUCGGUCAGCAACCUUCCACGCAACACCCAAACCAUCAGCCUCAGCGAUGAUAAGAUCUUCCGGCAAAACCUCGGGGAGCUGUGCCACCGGCUGCGGCAUUACAAUGAGUCGAUCGCGAAGUCCCUUAUCAACAUUUCCGGCCUGCUGCCGGUGCUCGAGAGUAAUCACGCCAAGACCCAGGCGCUUGUGCAUGAGGUUUUCAUUGAGCAUGACAAGCGUCUGAAGAUCGAAUGUAGUCAAGCGAUUGACCGGCUGAAUGCCGCGGCUAAGGAAAAAAUGGAUGCCCUGAAAGUCAAGACCGACUUUUUGGCCACCAAAUUGAAGUCCUGCAUCACCCUGGCAUCUGUCAUGGAGCGGACAAUCGGACAGGACACCCGGUACUUUCCGAUGAUCCUUGGCGAGUUCCUCGGGCGCAAAUACAAGGAGUUUGCCCUCGAUGGGGCGCGCGAUGUUCUUCACGACUUCACUGGCCUCAUCUCGGCCGACCUGCCCGAUCCCCUGUCAGAAGUGGAGUCCAUCCAUGUGGACUUUGAAGUGAGCGACAUCGAUCACCCGCUGGUGGAGCUGCGCGAGCGGGUGGCCAUCCUGGAGAAGCGCCUGCAGACGCAAGCCCAAGCGCACGCGGCGCAGAUGCAGGAGAUGAAGCGCAAGCUGAAGGACUCCUACUCGGAGCACCGGUCCAAUCUGGCAGCCAUCAAGGUCAUGUUCAGGCACUACCGCCAGCAAGUGGAGCAAACGGUUUACCAGCAGUUCCGCUCGAUGCUGCUUGGAGGCCGACUGCUGCUGUUGCCGGGGUUUGACGAGGAGGACGAGGAGCAUGGUCAGCCCCAGCCGAUCCACCAGUAUCCGGAACCGCAGGAGCACUAUUUCCCGCCCCGCCCGCAGCCGCACUCGCAACAAUGGUGGCUCGAUCAGGCGGCACAGCGCUCGGAGGGCAUGCGGCGGCCGCGGCCACCCCCCCUGCUGGACCGGGACGCGCCUUUCGACAAUGCCUGGGCGCCCGAGGCUUCGGUCUUCCAGGUGCCCGAGCUCGACUCGGCCGGCCAGUCGGUGUCCAUGCCGCUGGCCGGGAGCUCGCCCGGGUCGCCUCGAUCCCCGGCCACCAGCCCGGGCCAUGUUCCCAGCAUCUUCACCACCGAUGUGGAUCAGGAAAUCGAGCAGGCGGUCAACCAGGCUGAUGCAGCCUUCCAGCAGCUGCUGAUCCGGCCAACUCCCGAUGCCGCGGGGCAUGACCAUCUGGUGCAAUUUGACCGAGGUGGGUCCCAUGCGGCGGGGGUGUUGCCAUCGACGGCGAGCUCGGGGCAGUCGACUCCCGGAGACUCGCGCUCCCUGGGGCGCCCGCGGCCCAGUCCCCGGUCACACCUGGGCCGGUCCUUCUCCGGGUCACUUCACUUGCCGGGGCUGGUUGGCGGAUCGGCUGGAGCUGGUGGCACGGCGACGCCCGGGGGCGGGGCAGUGGCGGCCGGCGCCGCGGCCGCCAGUGCCUCGGCCACGGCCGCCUCCGCCGUGCAGCACUGGCAGAGCGCCUCCGCCCCGCAGUCGGUCCGGCCGACACCGCCCGGCAGUGCCACGCUGGCUGGGGGCGACUAUCUGGGAGAGCUCCGCUCGCUGGAGGGCUCACCGCGGGCUUCGCUGGCCGAUUCGCCGGGAGCCAUGGCCGAGCGUCCUCUCGGCGGCGAGCCGGGGAUGGGACCUCUGUCAUUGGGGGUCCUGUCGCCGGUGGAUGAGGACAGCGGGAGGGGCUUUGGUUCGACGCAGUCGCUCGUGGCCGGCGACGGGGAAGACCCCCCGCCCCUGGUGGUCCCAGCAGCCCGGGGCCCGGCCAUCGAUUCGUCUCCCAGGCGGCGCAUGUCCGGGUCUCUGUUAUCCGGUGCCGGGAGAGCCGCCUCGACCUUGCGCUCGGACAAUGCGCCGCACCCUCCGGCGGCCUUCCAGUACGCGCUGUUCCCGCCGCCGGCGCCGCCACCCGGGCGUCGGCACACUCUGGCCCCGGCCCUGGUGGCCGGUCAGCGCCGCGCAAGCAUCAGCGUUCCCUCCAUUUCGGUCACCGACAUGUCGGAAAGUGGCCAGCCUCUGGGUGCGUCGCAGCAGCGGGGCACCGCAUGGUCGGCCAAGCCGGCCACCGGCGUUUCGCCCGGGCGAGUGCCUUCUUCAGUGACGGGGUCUGCCUUGUCAUCGCCCAUCUCCCGGAUGGGCAAUGAUCCGGUCAACCCGUUUACGAAUUUCCAAGCGCUCUCCCUGUCGGAGGCCUCGCCCGCGCAAUUGGUGUCCAGUGGCGGCCCGGACGGCCGCGCCUCCUUCCGCUCCAGCUACGAAGGGCUGAUGUCACGCCUGCGUGAGAUCGAUGUUCCCGCUCUCGGGGACACUUCACACAUUGUUUUGGCGCUGGAGGCCAGCUUCCGGGAACUGAACCGCGCCGGGCGGGCGGAGUUCGAGCGGAACAGCCAGACUGUGUGGUCCUGGCUGCGCCUGCAGCAGCGCCUGGCACUCAGCUCCCGUCGAGUGGGGCUACUUGAACAGAUUGUGCUCGAGUUGCGUCACAUCCUGGAGGGCCUGUACGAGCAUGCGACCCGGCGGCGCGCGUAUUUCGACCGGGCCGCCGCCGGGCGCAUUUACUCCACCAUCGAAUCGCUGGAGCUCCUUGUGCGCGAGGCCCAACACGAGAAGGAGGCCUUGCGCUGUCGGGCUCAGCUCACCUGGAAGAGCGUACUCUCUGCUGUUGCAUCGGACCAGCAAGACUUCGAGCGUUUCUGCCACCACUCGGACCACCUUGCGCGGUCGGUUGAGUCGACCUCACUGGCGGCCAGCAGCCUGAGAACAGUUUUCUUGGGCCUUGGUGCCUCGCCAGUCGAGCGCUUUGAUGACGAAGGAUCGGCAUACCUAUUUUAGACCCGACUAUGGCCGCCGCUGCCAUUGAAAUGCUCCACUCCUCUGCCCGCUCCUCCCCCCCCC